UAGAGUUGUGUAUGAUACCUGGUCUCUGGAUGGCUAGGAAGUCUACACGCAAUUCUGAUGGGGUGAAACUAUGGACGAGUGGAAGUAGUUGAACGAUGGAGCUAGCUAUAAAAAAGCCACGGUUGACCUUGCUGUGCCGUGACUGGACACGGGCUUUCAGUGUGUGGGUCAGCGGGACACGUACGCUAUGAAGUGGAGGUCUGUUUGGGUCGAAUGAACGGGUCACAUGUGUGACCAUGGAGCUAUUAACACGAUUAAGCUCCACGAUGUGACUGAAAGUAAGAUCGAUUAAAAAAAAAAAGAUUUGAAAAGGUUGGAAAUGUGCUGCGGAUCGAGUAGCGGUUGAAGGCCAUGUUGCAGCAUAGUGCAACCAUGGAGUCACAGGUAUUCUAAAAGCCAUGAUUGUCACUCACUCCUGCAACCAACCGACAAUUUCUCUGCCCAACAGCGCCCUCAGUGGUGUGAAUGUAAUUGCUGGGAAUGACUACAGUGGAUACAGUAUGUACGAGGCUCGCAUCAAGGCAGGACAGAGUGUUUCUCUGAGGUCCCCGGACAACCAACACUGCGUUCAUCAUUACUAUUUCAUCACCGGCUGUGGGAAAUGCAAGAGGGAAGGUGUAAAAGACGAAUACUAUGUUGGUCCUGACCAUGUGGUGGCGCUCUCGUCAGAUGUAACGCACACCUUGUACGUGUCAGCAGAGGGUGAUAUGCGCGUCUUGGUAGUCUACUAUCCAGACCUCCAGGUCGUCUAUAAAUCUCUUGAGUUAAUUAGAAGCUUGUCCGAGCUGCUUGGCACCGACAAGGAUAUCGCGUUCGGGAAUGGUAACAGUCGUCGAUUCAUUGUCAAGAAAGAUGGCUUCCCACUUACUAUCACCAACACUCGUGUCGCAGCUGAGACAUCGUCGAAGCAAGAGUACAGAAACCAUAUCGAGGCAGCGUAUUAUAUUCAUGGUAGCACGACUUAUUAUUGGCAAGAUGACGGCGAUCGCUGGACCCAUGAGCAAACCAAGACGGACGAAAAGAACGGCACCAACUACUUCAUGAAUUUGCAUGACAAGCACGAAAUGAUUACUGGCGAGAAGGAUUGUUUCUGCAUUUGCAUAUUCGAUCCGGCCUUGAAUGGGGACGAAACCCACCGCUUCACCGAAGAUGGUUUCUCAAGUUAUGAAAGAUGAAAGUCCAAAAGCGAUCGUAAAAGACGUUGCACGUGACGUUAUCUCAGUAAUUGAUAUUUUUUUUCGUUAAAACACUUUCGGCUUUUGUUUUUUUUCAUGUGUCUUAAAUAGUGAGUGAAUCAAAUUUUAACCAGACGAAUGCGGUUGUGAACAACCACGGAGCUGCUUUGGAUUCAGAGCCUUUUCUAAGCAUCAUUUGUAUAUAUUGUGAGCUAUUUAAUUCCGAGAAGAAAAAAUCUUUUCGAAAUGGUGAUUCCCACAGUCCCGGUCAUCGGACAUGUCCUUGCUUCUUUCUUGGACCUUAGAUGCUGGAACGAACUGCGCGACACAGGGCAUUUCCGCACUCGGUAGCGGCCGCGAGUGUGAAUACGUGUGAAGUAUAUGCACCAAAUUGAGUAGGACGAUCUUACUAGUAAAUAGCGCUAUUACUUACUUGGCUAAUCCAAUUUACUAAUCUACACAUAUACCUGAAAUUGGUGAAUUGAAGUUUACAGUUUUCUGCAGAAAUGCACUUCAGAAAUGCAAUCAGGGAUUGACUGUUAACUUACUGAGUGAAUUUCGUAACGAUCAGAUAUUGCUUAUAAUGUAGAAUUCAAAAUCGUAAAUGAUGGAGACGUCAUCAUGACGUCACCAUAUUUUCCCACGUAUGGAUAUCUAAUAGAUCUGCCGAAGGUCUAGCAAAAGGAAUUUGAUAAAAACUUGUUUUGUUCAGGAGAUAUUUUUUAAAAAGUCAAAAUAGAAAAAUAUGAGCAAUGAAAAAAGCUAAAUGAAGAAUGAACAGAGCAAUAUGAAAAAUGCCACCAACCAAAAUUGGCUGGCUGAAGCCAGAGAAACAAAUAGCGAGAUGUAGGAAGAAAAAUAUAUCAAGUACGUCAACAAAGGCAUGGAUGAAGAUCAAUCCAGGAAAAAGGCAAACAGAAAGACCCCCUGGGCGGUCAAGCAAGACUUUUUCGACGACAAUAUGGAGCUUCUGUCAAGUUACCUACAUUUGAAGCAUAAUGAAACUCACCAGGACAUUGUAGAUGAUCUCGAAGAAAAACUUAACAAAGGCAUGGAAGUCAACAAAAUCUUCAAUAGGGUUGAUGAUGAUAAAUGCUGAUAAAUUUGAGAGACUGUUUCAGGUUACUGAUGAAGAGGAAAAUCACUAAAUUACAGCAAUCAUUAGAGACAAAUGGUUCCAAAAUAGUAACGAGUACAUGUAAUGUCUCUAAUUUAAAAUGUAACAAACUUCCAGUAAUCAACUUUAGUAAUUCUUAAAAAUAGUAUAAUUGUAAAAAAACUGAAUUUGUUUUAUGUUCUUACUAAUCGGCAUGACUACCGACCAACAAUUUUCGGGUAGGAUACUGGUCUAGAACUUCUGCACAAUAUUCCAUAGCACGACGGAUAAAUUUACCCCUUUGCUAUGUGUUAAAUCCCCAAUCGACGUCAUAUGCCACCCACGAGAAUUUUUAUUUUUUUAAAUGAUGAUCUAUUUUACACUUAUUCCACAAUAAAGAUCAACAGUAAUGCU